AUGGCUUCGCUACGAAGACCUUCCGCUGCGAUCCCAAAGGGUCAGGGCGAUAGGGGUCCCAUUCAAUCUGGCCCCAGACCACCUCUACCUGGUGAUAAUGAUAAGAAGAAGGAUGCUAGGAAGUCGAAAGUCGGGGAUAAGAUCAGGAAGAGGAUGAGUAUGAGGUAUAUGGGUGCCGAUCAAUUGCCUUCCGAAUCUAUCCCACCCCUUCCAGGACAAGCUACCGACUUUCUCGAUUCAGAUCCAUACGGAGGAGCAGAUUUCACUCCCAUGCCAAUGGCAGAUGACGGUCAAGGUGAACAAUUUUUCAAUCAAUUCGGUUCACCGGAAUUCAAACAAUCCGGCUUCGGCCAGUCCCCAGUAGACACGAGUAAUAGAGCGGGAUUCGGAUCUGGAUCAAGAUUGUUAGGUGGAGAAGAAGGCAUACGAAGAAGGGGAGCAGAAGAUAUGACUCGAGAAGAAGAGUUUGAUUUGCACGAGUUGAAUAAUGAAGAUUUCAAUAUUGGUGAUUACCUCAGAAGAACGUUGACUGGUGCGGAUGAUGAGGAGAAGAAAAGGUUUAAGGCUGCUUUGAUGAGGGAGAAGGGGAGUAACAAAAAGGAAUUACAGAAGAAUGUAUUUAGACACUAUGCGGAAUUCGUUACUAUCUCGAAAGAGAUUUCAACACUUGAAAACGAUAUGCUAGAUUUGAAAGAAUUACUAGGACAGUGGAAAGAUCUACCUCAGUUGAUGGGUAUGGAAGAUACGUUGGCACCGACAUUGGAUAAGAGUGGGAAUAUCGAAAGACGUCGUACUCAACGUAACUCGGUAAUGGACCUUCAAAACCUGUACAAAUCGCAGCUCACGCAAUUAUGGUCUACCGUGGAAGGAUCGCAAAAAUAUCUCCCUUUAGUACCUGGACGACACCUAGUAUUCGAAACUCAUAAUUUCGUAGAACUCAAUGCGGCGACGUAUAAAGCGAAACAGAACGUAUCGAUGUUUUUACUCAAUGAUCUACUGUUGAUUGCGGGAAGGAGACGAAUGAAAUCCGCUCAAUCCUCUUCUGCAGGAGAAAAUGGAGAAAGGGAAAGGGAAAGAGGGAGGAUGGUAGCUGAGCGAUGUUGGGUGUUGGCUGAUUUGGUGGUUGUUGAUGUGAAAGAUAGUGGUGAUCUCACCAACGCACUGAAAAUAAGACGAGGCAAAGAGGUCUGCGUAUACCGAACUUCGAAACCAGAAGAUAAGAAAUCGCUCUUAGCUGCUUUCAGACAAGUUUCACAGGAAUUAGGAGAGAAAAAGAGAAAGGAGAGUGAGAAAGAACAAGAGAGAAGAAAGAGUAUGUGGCAAGGGGAGAAACCUGGUGGUCUUUCUUCUGGUACUCCGGCUUUACCAGGUCUAAUGAGUCCCGGUCGACCUUUGUCGACGAUAGGGAUGUCCAUGGCUGAUUCGAAAGAUUUGAGAUGGAUUGACGAGUAUGGUGAUGAGUUGACGAUGGCUAUUGCUAGGAGGGAUUGGGAAGAAGCCGUGAAACUUGUUGAAAGGGGUCGAGAUUUGCUCAAAACAGUCUCCUCCAACCCCUCAGCAUAUACACUGUUAUCAACCCGUCUAGACCAACUUAGCCCUACACUCAUCAAUCAAAUCCUCCAUGAUCUAUCUUCGAGCCAAAUUCGAAAAACCAAUACUUCUACUCUUAUAUCGUAUCUGAACAGAUUAGAUUGUUCAGAUAUGGGUAAAGAUACUUUCCUCAGAUCUCGUAAAGAAUUGAUGAUCAAGAGAAUCAGAUCCAUCAAAUGCGAAGGAGAUAUAUCGAUUUAUAUCUCAGAAUUAUCUGUGGUGUGCUUUACGAUUAUUAGACAUACGAGCGAUUGGUUCAUGAAUGCCUUCAAGGAGAAUAGGAUGGCUUCGGCCUUCAUAACGUGGGCGAAAGAGCAGAUUGAGAUGUUUGCGGAUAUGUUCAGAAGACAGGUGUAUGCCCCCAAUGUAGAGCAGAACGUGGUGGAUGAAUGUGUUAGAGUGACGGCUUCGCAUAAUAGGAAGCUCUUACGCGACGUUGGUCUCGAUUUCACCUACCUCCUAUCAACGCUUCUUCAGCUUGAUCCAUCUGCAUCCUCACCUCACCCGAUAUUCAAUACCUCUGCAACUUCGUCUACACCCGCCACAAGUUCGCUAAGUCAGCCACCACCACAAGCACCAAAUAUGGGCAGGCAGGGCUCAGGCUACGCUCCAAGCUUGGGUAGAUCCGAUUCUGGAUACAAUGGAGGGUAUCAUUUGCAUAGGGAAGGAUCAGGAACAUCCAUGGGAAGAGAACGAUCGUCUGAUGGUAGAGAUCGCUCUGAUAGUAGAGUAGGCAACACAGCUCCAUUGAGCGUACCAUCCAGGCAGAGAGGCGCGGGUGGGCAGAGUCCUCUUAGUCCUGAUUCAGGCCGAUCUACUCCGCUAGCGGGACAGAGAGACGAUGGGCCGGUGUUGCCUCCUAGAAGUGAGAGGAGGGGGAUCUCAUCACAAGGAAGGGACUCUGAGUCGCUCUCGUAG